CGGCUGCAGGGGGAGGGGGGUGGGGGGGCGGCUCGGCGGCGGGUCUGCGGGCCGGGCGGGCCCCAUGGGCGGGUGUGUGGGCUCCCACCACGACUCCUCGGGCAGCCUCAACGAGAACUCGGACGGCACCGGAGUUGCUCUUGGUCGUAAUCAGCCCUUGAAAAAAGAGAAACCAAAAUGGAAAAGUGAUUACCCCAUGACGGACGGGCAGCUGCGCAGUAAGAGAGACGAGUUUUGGGACACAGCACCAGCUUUCGAAGGCCGCAAGGAGAUUUGGGAUGCCCUCAAGGCUGCUGCACACGCUUUUGAGAGCAAUGAUCAUGAACUGGCACAAGCAAUCAUUGAUGGUGCAAACAUAACACUACCACACGGUGCUCUUACAGAGUGUUACGAUGAACUGGGCAACCGGUACCAGCUCCCCGUCUACUGCCUCGCUCCGCCCAUCAACAUGAUCGAGGAGAAGGGCGACCUGGAGACUCUGGACAUCCCUGACCCACCGCCCAACUCAGGGCACGAAUGCCAGCUCCGUUUGCGCCUGUCCACAGGCAAAGACCUCAAACUCGUGGUCCGCAGCAUGGACACGGUGUACCACAUGAAGAGGCGGCUGCACGCAGUGGAGGGAGUGGAGCCCGGCAGCCAACGCUGGUUCUUUUCGGGCCGGCCGCUCGCAGACAAAAUGAAACUGGAGGAGCUGAAAAUCCCAAAGGACUACGUGGUGCAAGUCAUUGUGAGCCAGCCCUUAGCAAACCCGACCCCGGUGGAAAACUGAUUUCUGCUUGUUUAUCGAUUCUCCUUCUUUCCCUCUCUGUCGUGGGACUGGUUUUCACUACCCUGUCUUCUUUCGUUUUGUCCUGCUAAUGGAUUGGUUCCAAGAAUUGACCAGCAAAAAUUCCAUCUGUGAUGGAGAUCUGCAAAAACAAAACAUAAAAAUGUAAACUGGCCUUUGGGGUUUGCCUGAUCUCAUAUUUAACGCAGCAGCAAGCAGCAAAGGGUGAGGGUGAAGGAAGGAGUGGGAAAGGGAGGGGAAAAGGGAGGGCAUGCAAAGAGGGAGGGGCGAGGUCAUCUUUCACUUAAACAGUAAAAGCAUGUAAUGAUCCUUAAAACUGUAGGUGGUGUCCUGAUCCACGGAACACGAGUAAGAGAGCACUUUUAUUUAAAAAAAAUAAAAAAUGGGUAUUUCAUAUCAGCACCACCUACAGUUCACAAGACUUGCAGCUGCCCUGUGUAGGUCCCACUGUGUGUUGUGGAGGUCUUGCUGGCUAACCUGAGGCACAUCAGGGUGCUGCCGAGGCAUCGCCAGUCCUGAG